AUGACUCACUGGGAACCGCGAAAAUCCAGACUCGAGAUCAACAUGACGGAUAUGCUUGCUCCAUUGCCGUUGUGUGAGGCCAGGGCCACGCGCGCAGCAUGCACUGGCGCUGUGCCACGACUGGCCUUGAUCGGAGACUUUUCCCUGGUCACUUUCUUUAGGGCGCCACGGCCACGCUUCCCGCUCGCCCUCCCGCCGCGCAAGUCACCCCUCGUUGCAUGGCCGUCUGCCCGCCUUGCCCACCCCAAGCUUCCGUCCUCGCCUUACCGUCCAUCGGCCGAACGACUCGGUGACGAUUCCUAA